AUGGAACCGAGUGUCAACAAAGUUGAAAAAAAAAAAAAAAAAAAAAAUUGGUUAUGCUAUUUUUUGUACGAUAUCCUCCUGACCGAGCUGUUCGAGAAGACUCCCUUUCCGAUAAGGAGAUCCAGAAGAGAAUCCGGAGUCAACUACAGACUCCUCUCCAGCUCGCCGGAGCUCCUUAUUAAAGGGCGUCUUAUCUACCACAUGUUCCCUCCAGGCCUGGAGAUAACAUCGCUCAGCUACGACGAUUCAUUCAACUUGUUCCCUCUUCCAGAUCCGAUCCGAAAUAUAAACCUCUUAACUUUCACCGGAUAG